AAUGUGCUUGUGAAGGCCGGUGAUCGUUGACCAUGAUUACAAACCUUGCAAAGUUGCCUUGUUCAUGCUUCAAGUUCCAGCUAAGCUCCAUUAAUAAUCUACAGAAACUUCAGAAGUGAACCCGCAAAAUCUAUAAAUAGAGCAGAAAUGUGCAGUGUGUAGUAUCAGUUACAACUUACAACUUACAACACAGGCAAGGUGUGAAAAUGUCGAGCCUGUUAGUCAUUGUAUUACUAUGUGUUUCAGGGAUAGUUCAAACCAGAGCAUAUACUAGCCUGUAUUGUAGAUAUUCGUCUCGUUGUGGUGCCAAGACUGUGUACUGCCCGGAGGAAUGCCCUGACAGCGAGUCCGCCAACAGCAAAUCUAAAGUUUGCCGUAUUGACUGUGAUUCUCCCACAUGCAAAUCUGAGUGCAAACGUAUCAAACCAGACUGUAACAGCCCUGGCUCAGCAUGCUAUGAUCCUCGCUUCAUUGGAGGGGAUGGCAUUGUAUUCUAUUUCCAUGGAAAGAGUAAUCAGCAUUUCAGCUUAGUCUCUGACCAAAACAUUCAAAUCAAUGCUCGAUUCAUUGGCCACAGGCCAACUGGUCGGACCAGGGACUUCACUUGGAUUCAAGCCCUUGGACUCCUCUUCAACUCUCACACAUUCUCUCUCGAGGCCAUCAAAUCUGCCACAUGGGAUAACGAAGUUGACCAUUUAAGAUUUACUUAUGAUGGAGAGGAAAUUCUCAUCCCAGUAGGACAUCUCUCCACAUGGACCUCCCCAGUAGAGAGCGUGAAAGUAGAGAGAACGGCAACUAAGAACAGUGUUUUAGUCACUAUACCAGGAAUUGUUGAGAUUAUGGCCAAUGUCGUCCCAGUGACAAAGCAAGAUGAUAGGAUUCACAGCUACAAAGUGCCUUCCAAUGAUUGUUUUGCUCAUUUGGAAGUUCAGUUUAGGUUCUUUUCUUUGUCUUCUAAAGUAGAAGGUGUGCUAGGACGAACUUAUCAGCCAGAUUUUGAAAACCCUGCAAAGCCGGGAGUGGCCAUGGCUGUGGUGGGCGGUGAAGACAAGUACAGAACCCCCUCACUUCUCUCACCAGAAUGUGAAUCAUGUGUGUUCUCCCAAACUCAAGAUGCAGAGAACAGCUCAGCACUGAUGGAAGGCACUCUGGAUUGUACCGGUAACCUGUCCAAUGGAAACGGAAUAGUUUGCAAGAAAUAGAGUAGCUAGCUCUACUUCAUGUGUUCCCAUUGCCACUACUGUUGUUCAUUUGUUUGUGUCCUGUAUUAUGCCCGGUAUUAUGUGUGUGUUGUCCAGAUGUAUCAGAGCACUAGCUCUCAGUUGUAGUUCUGUAUAUCAAUUUCCAGAACAACAAUGAAUAAAAAAACAUAUUUGAAUU